GAACGAACACUGCUGGUUAAAUAACCCGGCCGCCUCGGGGCGCGCACGUACGAGUCGCUUUGCCGCAGCCUGCCGCGUAGCCCGCCGGUGGCGCAGGUGUCUGGGGACCCCUGAACGCCUAGCCUGGGAGCAUGAUCGUGGACAAGCUGCUGGACGACAGCCGCGGCGGAGAGGGGCUGCUGGAUGCGGCCGGCGACUGCGGCCUCAUGACCAGCCCGCUCAACCUGGCAUACUUCUACGGCGCCUCGCCACCCUCCGCCCCCGGUGCCUGCGACACCGGUUACCUGUCCACCGUGCCCUCCGCGCCGGGCUCCCCGGCCUCUGACUCCUCCGACUUCUCCUCCACUUCCUCCGUGUCCUCCUGCGGGGCCGUGGAGUCCCGUCCGAGAGGUGGUGCCCGCGCCGAGCGCCCGCAAGCUGAGCCCCAUAUGGGGGUUGGCAGGCAGCAGAGAGGACCGUUUCAAGGUGUUCGGGUGAAGAACUCGGUGAAGGAGCUGCUGCUGCACAUCCGAAGUAACAAACAGAAGACUUCUGGCCAGUCAGUGGAUGAGUUUAAGACACAGAGUGCGAGCAUUGAGCAAUUCUCGGAAUUGAAGAGCGCGGUAUCUGCAGUGGGGAAGAGAAAGGGGACUGGUACUCUGUCUGAUGGAUCAGUUUGCAAAAGGCCAGCUCUGUUGCCAACUCACUUUGUGACACCACCACAAGCACCUGCACCUGGAGAGAGCAUGGAAGAUGCCCGUCACAGUGACUCCAAACUGGAGAGUAGUGCUGCUUUGCUCCAGAACAUUAUAAACAUUAAGAAUGAGUGCAGCCCGGUCUCACUAAACACUGUCCAGGUUAACUGGAUGAAUCCCGUGGUACCCCAGAACUCCCCAAGAGACCAAUGCCAGGAUUUCCAUGGAGGGCAAGCCUUCACUCCACCUCAGAAAUACCAACCAUUCCAAGUCAGUGGCUCUCCACAAAUGAUGGACCAGGCUUCUAUGUACCAGUAUUCUCCACAAACCCAGAACAUGCAGCAGCUGCAGCCUCAGCCGCAGCUGCAGCCGCAACCUCAGCCGCAGCCGCAGAACUAUUCACACAACCAGACCCUGCAGUUCAGUCCUUAUUCCAGAGUGUCCCAGUCUCCCAAGUACGAACCGAACCUCUUUGAUAAUCCAGACGCACAGUUCUGCACAAGUCAAAGUUUUGUGUCUCUUCUGAGUGGCCAAGGGGAGUCCGAGAACAUCGCUGUUCCCAUUCAGGCUUCCCCCAGCAUACCCCCACAAAAUGAGACUCACCUGCAGAACUUCGGCCUGAUGCCAAACAAUGCCUGCGAGGCAGUCGGAGUGCACAAUGCUGGCUUACCCUCCUUGGGUACUUCCUUGUCACUCCAGAACAUCAUGGGAAGUCCGAUGAACACCACGCAGCUAGGGAAGUCGUUUUUUCAGUGGCAGGUGGAGCAGGAAGAAAGCAAAUUGGCAAAUAUUUCCCAAGACCAGUUUCUCUCUAAGGAUGCCGAUGGUGACACAUUUCUCCACAUUGCCGUUGCCCAAGGGAGGCGAGCACUUUCCUAUGUUCUUGCAAGAAAGAUGAACGACCUGAACAUGUUGGACGUGAAAGAGCAUAACGGACAGAGUGCCUUUCAAGUGGCUGUAGCUGCCAACCAGCACCUCAUUGUGCAAGAUCUGGUGAACCUUGGUGCCCAGGUGAACACCACAGACUGCUGGGGAAGAACACCCCUGCACGUCUGUGCAGAAAAGGGCCACUCCCAGGUGCUCCAGGCAAUCCAGAAGGGAGCAGUGAUGAGCAAUCAGUUUUUAGAUCUUGAGGCAACUAACUACGAUGGCCUGACUCCCCUCCAUUGUGCAGUUGUGGCUCACAACGCUGUGGUACACGAACUGCAGAGGAAUCAACAACCUCAUUCACCUGAAAUGCAGGAUCUCUUACUAAAGAAUAAGAGUCUGGUUGACACCAUCAAGUGUCUCAUUCAGAUGGGAGCAGCAGUGGAGGCGAAGGAUCGUAAAAGUGGCCGCACAGCCCUGCAUUUGGCAGCAGAAGAAGCGAAUCUGGAACUCAUUCGCCUGUUUUUGGAGUUGCCCAGUUGCCUGUCUUUUGUGAAUGCAAAGGCUUACAAUGGAAACACUGCCCUCCACGUUGCUGCCAGCCUGCAGUAUCGGAUGACACAAUUGGAUGCGGUCCGGCUGUUGAUGAGGAAGGGAGCAGACCCGAGUACUCGGAACUUGGAGAACGAGCAGCCCGUACAUUUGGUUCCAGAUGGCCCUGUGGGAGAACAGAUCCGGCGUAUCCUGAAGGGGAAGUCUGUUCAGCAGCGAGCACCACCAUACUAGCUCCAUUGGCUUGGAGCCUGGUCAUCAACACUCACUGUCAGUUAGGCAGUCCCGAUAUAUCUGUACAUAGACCAUUUGCCCUGUAUUGGCAAAUGUAAGUUGUUUCUAUGAAACAAGCACAUUUAGUUCACUAUUAUAUAGUGGGUUAUAUUAAAAGAAAAGAAGACAAAUAUCUAAUUUUCUUGGCAGAUUUGCAUAUUUCAUACCCAGGUAUCUGGGAUCUUUACAUUUGAAUUUGAUCUGAAUGGUAAAAGUGCCUUCAAUAAAAAGGAGCUUUUGGGUAGGAAAAGACUCCUGGGAAAAGGCUUGAAUUGCAGCACAAAGCAUAGCUCAUGUAGCUAUUGCCAGUUUCAAAUUAGGUGGACUCGAAACAUGAGAAGAAAAGUGAGAGCAUUUGAAAGCAGACAGAAGUUUGGAUGUCCUGUUGAUGCUUCUUUGGGCUGAUGCAGGCGCUGGAGGUUAAUAUUCUCACUCAAGGUGAGAGAGGGCUCUGUGCUUAGGACGUGAUCUCGGAAGCUGUAUAUAAUUGUUCUUUUUACCUUUAAGAUGUGCGUAUUUGACUGUUAAUGUGGAUAUUUGCAAUGUGUAAAUCAAUAAAAUAGAAAAGAGCUAGUGAACUGUCACCACUUAAAACAUUAUGUACACCCAAAGCAACUUUUAUCGUGUAAUCACCACUAUAGUUUUUGCGGAUAAAGCAAAGGGGAAGUGGGUCCCAAAGUUGCCAUGUUUGGUUUGCAAAUGGGCUUCUCAUGCAUUGGAAAGAGACACAUUUGUAGGUUCUCGAGGAGACCCUUUUUAUGGGCCACCUCUUAGAGUUUGUGAUUUAUGUAAGUUGAAGUUUCUGUUGGUCCCUAAUAGAAAUUACAAAAAUUCAGUAUUGAAGCAGAGCUUCUUGUUUCCUGUUGUCAAAUAGUAAUAAUAUGCUGAUGUUUAUGCUAUUCAUGAAAAUGUUUUCCUUUUUAGUAAUGUUAAUUCUUUUAAUAUCAUUUUGCUUACAUUUGACACAUCUGGGAAGAAUAUAUUUAGCUUUGAUUGUGCACUAAUUCUUUGUAAUAAAUAUGACCCAUUAAAAUUGAUGCCUUUUAAUUGACUAACUUAUCUUUUGUAGCUAAGAACUCAUGUUCUUUUUUUAAAAAAAGACACCCUUUGGAUUGAAUUGAUCAUAUUGCUUAAUUCAGCAUAUUGUAUGGACAGAAGUUAGACACAGCCACUUGGCA